UACAAAUUUGCGGUUAAUUCCUUGAAUCCAAAACCUGGUGCGGGGACUCGUUUUCCUUCUCCAAGACUCCAACGUCCAAUCUCCAUUCCCAAAAUUUUAAAAAAUGAAAAGGUUCCCGCUAAUACGAAGAACAAGACCAGACUGUUAAUUGCUGUGUAAUCCAUUAAUCCAAUUCAAAAAUUUCUGUGUAAUCCAGAUUUGCCAUGGAUGAUGUCGACCGUUUGUUUGAAUGUUUCAAAUGUGGCGUCUCUCCUCCUCAAUCUGCUUUUAGAGAGAAAAAAACAAGUGCGAGUAGAUUGAAGCAAGACAAUUCAAGCCUUAAUAGCACCAAGUCUCCAAGUUCAGCCGGACAAGCCAAGAGAAUUUGCCCGGAUCCAUGUCAAAGAUUAGACAGCCUUGGUUCAGUGACAAAUAAAACAAACAAGCUCAUUGCUGGUAGACAGAUUUCUCCUGGUGUAUUUUAUGGCUCACCACAUGGAGUACCUCCAAAGAGGCCAUCCAGUUUGCUUCGGGUAUUGCGUGAAAUACACCUUGAUCUUGCUGGAAGACGUAAAUCCAACUCAAGAAAGCAAAUAUGGGCUACAUUUCCGAAGCAGGAUGAUGCUAUGAAAUUUGCAAAAGAACAAGCCAAUGUUCGCAUUUUUAGUUAUCAAGAUCACUUCAGUGGUCAAAGAAGAUUUCUUGUUUCAACCUAUCAAGAAUUCUGGAGAAGGUACAAGAAUAUGGACUCAACUUUCCGUCAUCACUAUGAGGUGAUUCAAGAGGGUUUGCCUUGUCAUCUUUACUUUGAUUUGGAGUUCAAUAGGUUGGAGAAUACAGAUAAAGAUGGUAAUCAAAUGGUUGAUCUUUUGUUGUUGGUCAUAUUUGAGGCAUUCUACGAGAAAUACCAAAUACAAGGAGAAGAAGAUUGGGUUGUAGAACUUGAUUCCUCCACUGAAGCAAAAUUCUCUCGCCACUUGGUGCUACGCAUUCCAAAGGCUGCUUUUAAGGAUAAUAUCCAUGCUGGUGCCUUUGUUUCUGAAAUAUGCUCGCGAAUUCAUAGUGCAAGGGAGAAAGAUGCAAGAUUCGAGCAAAUUUUUAUAUCCAAAGAUUCAAGCUCCGCAGGACCUUCUUUGCAACUUUUUGUAGACAAUGCUGUAUAUUCGAGAAAUCGUUGUUUUCGCUUAGCUCUAUCAUCAAAAGCUGGGAAGACUUCUGUGCUCCGACCUACUGGGCGUUUCAAGUGUAGGGACAUGUGUGAAGAAGAUGUUUUCAUGGCAUCCCUGAUUUGCAACAUAGAUGAUGACUGUGAAAAGCUUUUAGUCUGUAAAAUGGAGUUGGAUUGUAUCAAAACUCUGCAGUUUGAUACUGAGGUAAACUAUUCUUGCAGGAGACCUGCAAAUAUACUUCAAGAAUUAACAUUGCACACCCGCGGAAGUGAUAUCUCACAAACUUACCUAACGGGAGCAUCUCCAUUUCCUGCCUUGGAUGCAUUUAUAGAAUCAGUUGCUUCUUUUGGAAGUGUGACUGGAAAGAUCCGAAGCUGGUAUUGGUUCUCUGAGUACGGGUUGCUGGUCUACAGUAUGUCAAAGAGUAGAUACUGUGGGCGGAUUGGUCGAGAACACAAAAGUAAUCAUGUUAUGUACGUGGUAGACUUACAGUGGGCUCUCUACUAUCAGAAGUGCUAUGAUCCUGACUGUCGAGGCUAUCGAUCUCCCUCUCGUCCCAUUCCGAAUGAUUUGAUACCUGAAAUACCCAGUCUGGGACACACGGGAACUAUUGAUGGCUCAGCUGAUAUCGAUCAGGAAAAUUUGGUCCCUGGUGGUCAUGAAAGCUUGAUAGAUGGAGACAGUGAUGAUAGUUGGUGGCAUGAAGCAGUGAAAGUUGCUGAUAAUGUUGAAAAUAUGGGAGAUCUGUUUAUAAGUUCCAUGGAUAAUGCUACUGAAGACGAUGAUGAAUGGUGGAUAGCAGUUGAGAGGACUGCAUCUCAGGCUGAACUAACUGCCACUGUCAAACACGAUAUACCCUUGCAUUUAUAGACAUUCCCAACAAAUACUACUUAUGUCAUGCUCAUCCUCUUUCAAGCGUCAUUCGGUAGGUCUCUGUGGAUUUGACAGAAGAGAGGUAAUUGUUAUCACUGUGUAGUACUCGGAGAGGAGUUAUCUUGGCACAUGUCCUCUAGGAAAACGACCUAAAUUUGCCCAAUAUUAUCAACAGGGUAAGUAGUUGUGCAUUUCUGAGAGGAAUUCUGUGACUAGCUGCAGCAGUUGCUUGCAACAAGGGAACUGCAAAGCCGAAAUCCUUACAUUUCGAACUUUGAAGUUCAGCUUCUGCAGAGUGUAAAAUGUUCUACAUUCCCUGUACUAUUAGCUUCUAGGAGUUCCUCAAGUAAAAAAAUGAGUCUAGAUGUCUAAUAGUAUCAAUCAUCUGGAAUGCGAUGAAUACACGAUUUCAUUUGUAAAUUAACCCUUGGAUAACCUGCUUGUUGUACAUUUUGAAAGAUAUUUGUGACUAGGUCAAAGGAGAUUAUGCACUUACCACGUAAAGGACUCUUGAUGUUAAAUAACUACAAGGUCUUGUAAACUUACAAAUCAGGUUCCCUAGUGCAGAUUGAAUGUAAUGCCAUCCUGAAUGUACAGUUUAAUUUGAGGGAUUAGCUUAAUGCUAACCAUUAAGGUUAGAAAAUUCGAGAAAUGGGAGAUCAAAUGAAAAACAUCCCAGGCCAAGUACUCAUUCUAUUGUUCCAACAAUUUUUUUUUACAAGUUUGUACAUGGGUAAUUUUCUGAAUCAGAUGAUCUUAAACACUCUGUUUUACAAGAAAAAGUUAACUAUGAAUUAAGCAAAGCAAGUAAAAAAUUACCAAGAAUUAGUAGAAAGGGUACCAAUUGUGUAGUUAACUACUAUAAAUUAUGCAAAGCAAGUAAAAAGUUACCAAGAAUUAGUAGGAACGGUAACAAUUUGUGUACUUUUCACUUUUCAUAUAUUUAGUUUGAGUAUACUUGGUUCAAAGAAA